AAAAACUUGCAGUCCCGAAAAUCUAGAAAAAGCAAAAUAAUUCAAAAAGUCCAGACGAAAACCUGCCUUUCUCUUUCCCUCUUCAAUCUUCAUCCGUUCCCCACCACAAACCGCGUGUUUUCCAAUCACCUUCCGCGAACCUCUAAAUAAUACUAUUCAACUGCUUCUGCUCACCCUCAGUGCUUUUAGCUUCUGGCUUUUGGCUUAUUGCUUAUUGGUUAAUACCCAAAACGGAAUUCUGAAAUUCUGAAAUCCAAAAAUCCCAAAAAUUAAAACCAAUUUUCCUCUCAAUUUCACAACCCUAAAAGUUUAUCUUCACCGAGGCAUCAAAUCAAACACUUGGAGGGCACUCUCUGAUACUGCAGUACAAUGGCUGAGAACGGCGAAGAGAAAUUGUUGGCUAUGGCGCGCCACAUAGCCAAGACUCUGGGCCACAACGAUAAUAUGGCCGACGAUAUUUUGCAGAUUUUUUCCAACUUCGACGGUAGGUUCUCUCGCGAGAAAUUGGCUUCCGACGACGAACGAACUCGGAGCUGUGCUGCUCUCGAGCUUUCGCUGAAGUCGCUGGACCGUCAGAUCUCGCAGUAUGUGGCCACUGACCACCCAAUCUGGUCCGACUCCGCCGAUUCCGCGGCGUUUCUUGACUCGAUCGACGAGCUCAUCGUUACCAUCAGAGACUGGACUCCGAUGGCCGACGACAAGUCCGUCAGCGUCUGCCUGACGGGCGCCGAGGAUCUUAUGCAGCACGCUAUGUUCCGGCUCGAGGACGAGUUCAGAUCCUUGGUCGAACGCGGCGCCGAGUCACGAGAAUUGACUCGGGCGUUUCGCGGCGAGUCGAAUGGCGCGUUGUCGUUUGACUCCGGAGAUGAUGAUGAAGAAGAAGAGGAGGUGAUCGGGGACGGUGAGGAACACCAGAUCCCUGUUGCGCAGCCGAUUGGCGACUACGACAUCGUGAUCGACGCGCUUCCUUCUGGAACCAUCAACGACCUCCAUGAGAUCGCGAAGCGGAUGGUGGCGGCGGGUUUCGGAAAGGAGUGCUCGCACGUGUACUCCAGCUGCCGGAGAGAGUUCCUGGAAGAGAGCUUGUCGAGGCUAGGGUUGCAGAAGCUGAGCAUCGAAGAGGUCCAGAAGACGCCAUGGCAGGACCUGGAGGACGAAAUCGAGCGGUGGAUCAAAUCAGCAAACGUCGCGCUUCGGAUUCUGUUUCCGAGCGAGCGACGACUCUGCGAUCGCAUCUUCUACGGCCUCUCCUCCGCCGCGGACCUCUCGUUCAUGGAGGUUUGCCGAGGCUCGACUAUUCAGAUACUGAAUUUCGCCGACGCGGUGGCAAUAGGGAGCCGAUCGCCAGAGCGAUUGUUCAGGAUUCUCGACGUGUUCGAGACUUUGCGGGAUUUGAUGCCCGAAUUCGAGUCAGUGUUCUCCGAUCAGUACUGCUUGUUUCUCCGGAACGAAGCGAUUACGAUUUGGAAAAGGUUAGGCGAAGCGAUCAGAGGCAUUUUCAUGGAGUUGGAGAAUCUGAUCAGUCGCGACCCUGCGAAAACUCCAGUUCCUGGCGGCGGAUUGCAUCCAAUCACUCGAUAUGUGAUGAAUUAUCUCCGGGCAGCUUGCCGAUCGCGCCAGAUCCUCGAGCAGGUUUUCGAGGACAGUGCUGCGGUCUCUCAUCAACCCAAGGUUGAUGACCGAAGCUCGUCCAUGUCCGUACAAAUGGCGUGGAUUAUGGAGCUUCUGGAGAGCAAUUUGGAAGCCAAGUCAAAGAUUUACCGGGACUCUGCUUUGUGCUAUGUUUUCAUGAUGAACAAUGGGAGGUACAUUGUGCAGAAAGCGAAAGACAGCGAGUUGGGAUUGCUAUUGGGCGAUGAUUGGAUCCGAAAACACACUGCGAAAGUCCGGCAGUACCAUGUGAAUUACCAGAGAAGCUCAUGGAACAAGGUGCUUGGAGUGUUGAAGCUCGAUAGCGGCUCAUUGGCGCCAAGUGCUGCGGUCAAGUCCAUGAAGGAGAAGCUCAAGUUGUUCAACAUCUACUUCGACGAGAUCUGUAAAACGCAGUCCAAUUGGGUAGUUUUCGACGAUCAGCUCAGAGGCGAUUUGAUAAUUUCGCUUGUCAAAAUCUUGUUGCCAGCGUAUCAGAGCUUCAUCGGUAGGUUUCCGAAUGUUCCGGAAAUCGGAUGGCAUGAUAAGUACAUUAAGUAUGCUACUGAGGACGUUGAAGCUAAGAUCAAUGACCUGUUCCGCGGCAGUAGAGGAUCCGCCGGCGCUGGUGGUGGCCGGAAGUGAAGAAGCUAAAGCUGCUAGGGACGAUUCGCCUUGUAUGUAAUCGAAAACAAGUUUACAGAAAGUUUUGUUUAUGAAUUGAAAGCUUUGUAAUCUAGAUGUUUGGUUGUGUUUAAGUACAGUUUUAUUUCUAUCUGUGAUAACUAGACGUCGAAGCCAAGAUGUCGAU